AUGACGGUUGGUGACUCUCCGUUUCCUCUCCUCCGUCUACCCAGCCUCCUUUUUCGACAUGUCGCUCGAUAUAUGGAAAACAUCGAUAGACUUGCUCUAUCCUAUGUCUCGAAUCGCACUAAAAGCCUGGUGAUAUCGAUUGAUCUGAAAUGUACUGAAGUUAUGAUUCAAAUAGAAGAAACGAUAUUCGUACGUAUCGAUUUUCCGUCAUAUGAUAAUUUGAUUUGUACUUUUGAAGACUGUCCAGAAAAUGGUGAAUCAAAAGUUCAUCGUUUGAGGGACACUAGGGAAGGUUUUACAUUUCACAAACCAGAAUAUCGAUUAGAAGAUUCCUUGAGUCAUAUCUUUGAAAUAUAUCAUCAACCGAACAUUGUGACAGUUUCUAUCAGAAGGCUACUACCAGAUAUGGAAGGAUUCCGAAGAUGCAUCAAGAGUUUUUCGGGUUUAUACAUUUCUCGUGACUUGACUGAUAUUGAGACAUGGAACAUUCUGAAAACGUUUAAACCAGAGAAGGGACUCUUUCUUGAUCAUAUCCCGUUUGGAAACGACAAGGGAAUGUUUCAUGAGUUUCUGAUUCAAAGUUUGGAAGCAAUUGAAUUGAGAUGGAACAAUAUACCAUUGGAUUGCCUUCUGAUCACAAACAGUGAAUUUAUUAAAAUCAUUACCCCAAAAAUUAAUGAGAAAGUGUUGAAUCGAUUCAUUAAACAUUGGAUUAAUGGAUCCAAUCCAAGACUGAAACACCUGGAACUAUGGUGUCCAAAGUCUCUCAGCGAAAUAAAUUUGAGUGUGGUAUUGAAGGGGAUACGACAUCAGGAGAUACCAGAAACUUAUCGAAGGUCUUUCAAGGGUCUCGAUUGUACUAUACACGUGGAUGGUGGAUAUGACAUUCGCAGGAAAGACGGAACAGUUGCCACCGUUUGGAGCUAUGAUCAGGAGAACUUUGAUUUUUUUGUUUGGAUUUAA